AUGGGUCUGGAAGAAACUGGGGGGAUGCACUCUGAAGACAUCACUAGUAUUUUAAAAGGCCACAUAAUGGAAGAUGUCAAGUUUAGUCAAGAUUCUCCACUGUCUGAAGGAAACCAUGGGUACAAACAGAAUCCCAGUCUUACAGAUAAAGUUCACUGCCUGGUGAGUGUACUUCCAGCAGACAAAAUCUCUCUGAUGAAGGAUGUUAUCUUUGAGAAAAUGAGGACAAUCAGAGAGAAAGCCCGUGAUUUGAAAAUUCCUCAAGUGGUUUUGAUGACGAGGGUGGAUGAGGCAUGCCCUCUGGUGAAGACCGAUCUGAAAAAGAUUUACUCCAGCAUGAAAAUCAGACAGAAGAUGCAGGAGUGCCAUUUUAGACUGGGUGUCCCAAUGAAUUGUAUUUACCCAGUGAAGAACUACCAUGAAGAAACCUCACUGAGUCCAGACGAGGACUGUGUGAUCCUGGAGGCUCUGAAGCACAUCUUGGACUUUGCUGAUGACCAUAUGACCACUCUGCUGACCCCUACCAAUUGA